AUGAACCCGACUCCGUUAGAGUCAAUGUCCAGACACGAACUGUUGGCAAUGUGCAGCCCAGAGGGCGCACAAUCAAGCCCAAAGGUUGUUAAGGCUAAGGCUUGUCAGAACUCAUGCAGCCGUAGCGCACGUCGUUCGACAUCGGGGCCCAUAACCUAUUAACAGGCAUGUAUCACGUGUAGGACACGCAGCGCAGAGGUAGCUGACACUACCAUAGCCCUUACCUUGGGUGUUAUGUGUGUAGAGGCGAAGCUAAG